GUAAACAUGGUGUGGGCUGCCUCUACAUCAAAUCCCUCGCUGACGUCAACAUGAAGGAGUUGGAACAAGUGGUGAAGAAAGGCUUCUCUGUGACUGGUCAUUAACCCUGCCUGCUUGACCCGUUGAAAUUAUCCUUUCAACUUAAUUAUUAUUAUAGCAUCUUAUAGUUCAAUUUCGGCGGAGUUUGCCCAUGAAAGGACCAAGUUAUAGUCGAAGAUUCUGGGCUUUGGGAGCCAGGAAUCCUCCAAAUUCUGCCAGGACUUCCCCAGAAAAGUCUCAACAUCCGAGCUCACGGAGCUCAGAGACAUCACACACGAGACAUCAUACAUGGCAGUUGGACGAUGGGGUGGCGGAUAUGUUUGGAUGUUCAGAUGUUUAGUGCCCGUGCACGUGACGCGUGUUUUGCUGUUUUCACCUCGCGUUUUGCACUGAGUUAAAAGCCGAACAGAUUCAUGGAAACCCUGAGUUAAGCUGUGCUGCUGCAGUUGCUCAAGUUGCUGUGUUUGGGUUUUUUCAGACUGCUGUUUGAAGUCUAUUAUUGCAUUUCCUCAGGCAACGAAACGCUGGAAGUACCACCCGUUUGCUUUGCGUCGUUUUCGCUUCGCGUUUGCGUCGAGGGAUGGAAAUUGAAGAGCGUCACAUGAGACGACGCGGUCUCGCCAGAUGGCAUGGUGGAAAUGAUUCAGCAGAACCGAUCGAUGAUAGAGUAUUGUAUUAAGAUUCUAUAGUUACUCACAUCAUGUAGACUGUUCAUCCAAAUUUCCCUGCCUCCCCACCAGAUCCUACCAGAAUGGUAUACUAUACAUCUCCAUAUUAGGAUCCAUACUGUACCUGGUUCAUCUAAGUGACCUUUAUAGAGAUAUCCCAGUUUGAUGUCACUUGGGCCUGUAAAAGGUCACAGGCACUCCCACAAGGUCACUUUAAAGACCGUAUAUGUUUGUUUGUUUUAAAUCAAUCAACCGUUUACAGUCUACAGUCUACAGUAGCCAACCUGCCGUUGCAAGCCGGGAUGUUCUCGACGUGACGUGACCGAUUCGUUCCGCUGACCGAAAUCGAGCGCAUAGAGAGAGAAAGGGCAGCAUCGACAACAGACAGGUCAGCUGACCACGUUAUGGGUGAUCAAUGCUGGUUAGUAAAGCUUCGAGGACCCCAGGAUAUCAUCCACAGUAUCCACAAAUACCCUUUGAGAAGGUGUUGGGAGUGAGUUUAGAGGACGCAGUCUUUUUAAAAAGCAAAGUCUACAAUCUACAAGCAGCCGAACUUCGUUUGUUUUUAUACUUUAGUCGCACACCACUGGGCAUCGACGAAGGUUUGUUGAUUGAAUUCAGCCAAAGACGUCAACAGGCACGAACACCGCCCCUGCCUUAGAGGGGAGUAUCUGCAAGCAAACAGGGUUCAGUGCACGACGUACACACGCCGGUGCCGACUUUGUCGUAGCGCUUCCUGGUGUUCUUCGUGGCCGUGAUCCACCGCAAACUCGUCACCCAUGGGUGCCGCCACCAGCACGUCCGUGUCACUUCUUGAUGAUGCUGCCUGCGAAGCCGUGCUGCGGACAUUCAUCGGCGAGGAUUUGGAGCGGGCGGAGCGGCUGCUGCGCAGGGCAGAUGAGCUCAUCGUCGAGGCACGGCGUUCGCAGAGCAUUUGGACCGUCCACGGCCUCGAUGGAACAACCUUGAAGCUCCCAGUGAGUGAAACGGCCACCGUGCGCAGCCUCUCCAAGAGCAUCGCAACCAGGAUUGGCAUGAGAGCUGGAGCACAACUUGUUCUCUUUGCUGGCGGUGAAAUCCUCGAGGACUCGAACAAGCCCCUCCACACGGUUGAUGUGUGCAGUCGAGAGAUCUCAUACUUCGUUCGACAGGUUGGCGCACUGGAGGCAGCAAUUAGCUUCCGUGGGGCUCUGGCACAAAGAACUUUUGACCACACCCAUGCAACAGUGACAGAUGCUAUCGCCUGUUUGACCUUUGGUGAUCGAUUUAACCACAGCUUGGUAGGAGUCAGUCUGCCAAGAAGCUUGCAGAGUUUGACCUUCGGUGAGAAUUUCAACCAGAGCUUGCAAGGGGUCACCUUGCCAAAUAGCCUGCAAGCUUUGACCUUCGGCGACAAGUUCAACCAGAGUCUGGAAUGUGUCACACUGCCAAGCAGCCUGCUUUGUUUGACCUUCGGCCACCAGUUCAACCAGAGCUUGGAAGGUGUCACCUUGCCAGGCAGUCUACAGACAUUGACCUUGGGCUACCUGUUCAACCAGAGGUUUGCUUUUGUCACCUUGCCAAGCAACCUGCAGACUUUGACCUUCGGUUGGGAGUUCAACCAGAGCUUGGAAGGGGCUACCCUGCCAAGCAGCCUGCAAACUUUGACCUUCCGUGCUUUCUUUGACCAGAGCUUGGAACAUGUCAGCUUGCCAAGCAGCCUGCAGAGUUUGAUCUUUGGCUGGCGCUUUAAUCAGAGCUUGGAAGGUGUCACCUGGCCAAGCAGUCUGCAGAGAUUGACCUUAGGUAGCGAUUUUAACCAGAGCUUGGAAGGUGUCAGCUUGCCAAGCAGCCUGCAGAGCUUGACGUUUGGCUGGCGCUUUAACCAGAGCUUGGAAGGUGUCACCUUGCCAAGGAGCCUGCAGACUUUAACUUUUGGUGAUCGAUUCAACGAGAGCUUGGAAGGUGUCACCUUGCCAAGCAGCCUGCAGAUUUUGACCUUUGGUGAUAUGUUCAAUCAGAGCUUGGAAGGCGUUACCUUGCCAAGCAGCCUGAAGACAUUGACCUUUGGCGAAAGGUUCAACCAGAGCUUGGAAGGUGUUACACUGCCAAGCAGCCUGCAGACUUUGACCUUUGGCACGUUCUUUAACCACAGUUUGGGAGGCGUCACACUGCCAAAGAGUUUACAGAGUUUAACUUUCAGCAAUAUAUGCAGCUUCAACCAGAGCUUGGAAGGUGUCAUUUUACCAAGCAGCCUGCGGACUUUGACCUUUGGUGGUAACUUCAACGAGAGCUUGGAAGGUGUCACCUUGCCAAGAAGCCUGCAGACUUUGACAUUCGGCCGGAACUUUAACCAGAGCUUGAAAGGCGUCACCUUGCCGAACAACCUUCAAACUUUGACUUUCGGCGCGGACUUUAACCAGAGCUUGGAUGGUGUCACCUUGCCAAGCAGCCUACUGACAUUGAGCUUGGGUGAGGACUUUAACCAGAGCUUAGAAGGUGUCACUUUGCCAAGCAGCCUGGAGACUUUGACCUUUGGCGUGGAGUUCAACCAGAGCUUGGAAGGUGUCUCCUUGCCAAGCAGCCUGAAGACGUUGACCUUAGGUCAUCAGUUCAACCAGAGUUUUGUUGGUGUCACCUUGCCAAGCAGCCUCCAGACUUUGACCCUCGGCAGCAGUUUUAAUCAGAGUUUGAAAGGCGUCACCUUGCCAAGCAGCAUGCAGGCCCUGACGUUCGGCCACAGUUUCAAUCGGAGCUUGGCAAGUGUAACUUUGCCAAGCAGCCUGCAGACUUUGACCUUCGGCUGGGAAUUCAACCAGAGCUUGAAAGUUGUGAGCCUGCUAAGCAGCUUGCAUACUUUGACCUGUGGUCCUGGCUUGGACCCCAGCUACCUGGACAGCAUCACUUUGCCAAGUAGCUUGCGUAAGCUUGGCUUUCGGGAGUUCAAGAUUUCCGUUCAUUUCUCAGAUAUCAAAUGAUGUGCCAGGUACCAAAACCCAUGACAAGUGGGAAGCCUUAAUUUGUGACCUGGUGGUUUCUCAGCUUCAUCAAGUCCACCGUUGAAAACCGCGCGCAUACAACCACGACUCCGCCGGGUCCGCACGGGUCACCCGUACGGUCAAGUUCUCCGCUUCUGAGUCGAUGAAAUUCCGACAAGCCACGCUUCAAACGCUUCUGAGUCGAUGCAGUGGCCAUUCUUUGUUCGAUUUUUUCAACACCCUACUUGCAGCGCGUUCGCGGCCGAUGCGAGCGACGGUGUCUUUCCUGCAGCGUCCACUGAGGUGAAGGAAUGGGUGGCGCCGGGGGCGAAGGAGAGCAAGAGCAAGUCGAAGGUGAAGAAGGCGCUUCAGAAGAAGCCAGCAAAGAAGUGAUGUGGAAGGACGUGCCGGACCGGUGAUCAGUUGGCCCGCUCGCGGCCACGCAGCUCUGCACCAAACAAAACUGCAGA